GAUUAGAAGUUACAUCGUCAUGAGACUUAUCUCUCUCGCAUCACAUAUUUCUCUCGCUAUCUUGAUAAGCAAUCUCCUGGGACGGGACAAUAAGAUUUGGAAUGAGAUUUGUAUAAGCAUCUUUAGCACCUCCGUCCUUGUUGCUCAUUGUUGCCAGGCGUGCUAUGGCUGUUCACUUAGGCGUUGCUCUACAUUACGUCCAGAACGACAUAGUCAAUCCUCAUCCAUACUUUCAUUGGGUACUCGUAGCCACUGAAGCCAUGUCCUGGCUUUCCCCAUUCUCCCCGACCCACACAUUCGAGAUCAUCCGUAACACUGAUACCAAAAGGCGCUGGGAAACAAGGUUCAGAGCGUCCAACCUGGGUAACUCGACAUCCUUGGCUGGUAUCGUGGAGUUUGCGCAGACCGAUCUGGACAUGGACUCCAUCAGGAGGGUGAUCGAGACCCACCCUGCGAUGGACGAAGGGUGGAGAAUUCAGGGACCAACUGGGUGGUCUUGCGCAACUUGGGUCUUGCAUGUCAUGCUCACCUUGGAAGAGAUGGCGAUAUUUGAUCUUCCGGAAAACCUCACGCCGGAUAUGCUGUAUGAUAGCAUUUUGGGAGAGGGCUAUAGAAUCAUCAUGGGGAAGCUGCCAAGUAAACCCACACCUGUCGUCCAGCUUAGUGCUCACUCGUUGUGAAUCACGCAGGGUGCUCUCUUGAUAUUAGAUAGCCAUGAUGAUGGGUUAGCAUCACCAUUUCUU